ACGUUUCAAACCACCAAAGCCUACAUUCAUCUACAUUCAUAGUACUCCUUUUUCUUCUCUUUCCCAAAUGGAUUCCAUGUCCUUACCCCUCAUCGCCAUUCUCUUUCUCCUCCUCAUUUCCGGCAGCCAGGCACGUGAGCCUUUCGCCUGUGAUCCGAAGAACACAACCACGACGAACUUGCCAUUUUGCCGGGCAUCGCUGGUAACAGGAGCCAGGGUUAAUGACAUAAUUGGAAGGUUGACACUACAAGAGAAGGUUAACUUGCUGGUGAACAAUGCCGCGGCGGUUCCUAGGCUUGGAAUCAAAGGCUAUGAGUGGUGGUCGGAGGCACUACACGGUGUUUCAAAUGUGGGUCCAGGAACCAAGUUUGGUGGCCAAUUCCCUGCUGCAACUAGCUUCCCUCAAGUCAUCACCACUGCUGCUUCAUUCAAUGCUUCAUUGUGGGAAGCAAUCGGACAGGUUGUUUCGGAUGAAGCAAGAGCAAUGUACAAUGGAGGUAUGGGUGGGCUCACAUAUUGGAGCCCAAACGUCAACAUAUUCAGGGAUCCACGAUGGGGUCGUGGACAGGAGACUCCCGGUGAGGACCCAAUUCUAGCCGGGAAGUAUGCAGCUAGUUAUGUAAGAGGACUACAGGGAACAAACCGUAGUCGGUUGAAGGUGGCUGCUUCUUGCAAGCACUUCACAGCUUAUGAUCUUGAUAAUUGGAACGGUGUGGAUCGCUUUCACUUCAAUGCAAAGGUGAGCAAGCAGGACAUAGAAGACACGUUCAAUGUGCCAUUCAGGAUGUGUGUGAAGGAAGGUAAUGUGGCGAGUGUGAUGUGUUCUUAUAAUCAAGUUAAUGGUGUCCCUACCUGUGCAGACGCCAACCUCCUCAAGAGAACUGUUCGUGGCCAAUGGGGUCUUAAUGGGUACAUUGUAUCAGACUGUGACUCUGUUGGGGUGUUCUACACUAGCCAACAUUACACAUCAACACCAGAAGAAGCUGCUGCUGAUGCCAUUAAAGCAGGCUUGGAUUUGGAUUGUGGGCCUUUCUUAGGGGCCCAUACACAGAAUGCUGUCAAGAGAGGCCUGUUAAGUGAAGCUGAUGUGAAUGUUGCAUUAGCAAACACAUUGACAGUUCAAAUGAGGCUAGGGAUGUUUGAUGGCGAGCCAUCAAGUCAAGCAUAUGGCAACCUUGGUCCAAGAGAUGUGUGCACCCAACCUCACCAAGAGCUAGCCCUUGAAGCUGCUAGACAAGGGAUUGUGCUCCUAAAGAACAGUGGUCCCUCUUUGCCUCUCUCCACUCGACGCCAUCGCACCCUGGCUAUCAUUGGGCCCAAUUCUAAUGCCACUGUCACAAUGAUAGGAAACUAUGCUGGUAUUGGUUGUAGAUACACAAGCCCUUUAGAAGGAAUAGGAAAGUACGCAAAGACUAUCCACGAGCUCGGGUGUGCAAAUGUGGCUUGCACUGAUGACAAGCAAUUCGGGUCAGCUCUGAAUGCAGCUCGUCAAGCAGAUGCGACGGUUCUAGUGAUGGGCCUGGACCAGUCCAUUGAGGCUGAAACCGUGGACCGGGCUGGCUUGCUUCUUCCCGGGCGUCAACAAGACCUUGUGUCAAAGGUAGCAGCUGCCUCUAAGGGCCCAACCAUUUUGGUCUUAAUGUCUGGUGGGCCUGUGGAUAUAACUUUUGCAAAGAAUGACCCACGAAUUGUGGGCAUCUUGUGGGCUGGAUAUCCUGGUCAAGCUGGUGGUGCUGCCAUUGCAGAUGUCUUAUUUGGAACAACUAAUCCUGGGGCAAGGCUACCAAUGACAUGGUACCCACAAGGCUACAUUCAAAACUUGCCAAUGACAAACAUGGCAAUGAGACCAAGCCGACCCACAGGGUACCCAGGAAGAACCUAUCGAUUCUACAAAGGUCCUGUGGUGUAUCCAUUUGGUUAUGGAUUGUCCUACACCCACUUUGUUCACACACUAGCUAGUGCACCCAAAGUGGUGUCUGUGCCUGUAGAUGGCCAUCGCCAUGGAAAUGUCUCAAACAUUUCAAACAAGGCAAUUAGAGUGACACAUGCACGGUGUGGCAAGCUUUCUGUUAGCCUUCAAGUUGAUGUUAAAAAUGCUGGGUCCAUAGAUGGCACUCACACUUUGUUAGUGUUCACAACACCACCUAGAGGUAAUGGUCAUUGGGCACCGCGCAAGCAACUAGUGGCGUUUGAGAAAGUUCAUAUUCCUGCUAAGGCUCAGCGGAGAGUGCGAGUUAACAUUCAUGUUUGCAAGCUUCUGAGUGUGGUUGAUAGGUCUGGUAUAAGGAGAAUCCCAAUGGGGGAACACAGGUUUCAAAUUGGUGAUAUUGAACAUUCUCUGUCACUUCAAGCAAAAACACUUGGAGUCAUCAAAUCCUGAAAUUUUGGGGAAACAAUGAGAAUAUCACACAGCUAAACAACCUCAAUCUAUACAUAAUUGAAUAAUAGAUAUAUAAUGUGGGAGGGGCAAUUGAAGUUUCACCUUUCAACAGCUUGCUUGAGGUCUUGGUCAUCAAUUCAAACUGCAAAUUGUUGAUGUGUUAUGGCUUCGAAGACAGGACAUUAGUUUUUGAUAGAUUCAUCAAUUCAUCAACCACAAUCAAAUAAUGUAAUGGUGUUGAUUGCAAUUUUGUUUGCCAUUCUUUUUGUCUGUAUAGUUACUAAUAUAGGACAAUAUACUUUUUUUUAAUAAUAUAAUUGUAAGAUUUGUCGUAAUCAAGGGAUUCAUAUCAUGAUGUUCACGAA